GUCAUGGCCAAUAAAACCCUGGCUUAAGCUUUGGCUACAGCUUUUUGAACCAAGCCAAGUUAUUCAAGCCAAUAACAUCCCUAAUGCUGGUUUAGGGAAGAGAAAGAGAACAACAAAAAGUAGUAGUAAACCAAUUGCGAGUUCAUCCAAGGGAUUUACUACUGUAAAUAAGUACAUAGGUGGUGGAUUAUUUGGAAAAGUUUUUUCUGGAUAUUAUGAUAAUAAAGAUGUAGCAUGGAAGACUUGUGAUGCAUAUAAGGAGCAAAAGGAGAUGAAAACGCUAAAACAUGAAGCUCAUAUAUAUUCUAUUUUGAAAGAGUGUCAAGGUCAUGAUAUUCCACGUUUGUUCUACAGCAGUUACAUUUAUGACGGAUAUCUUUUCGCGUUAGCGUUACAAUUAAUUGAGGGCGCCCAUCACAAAAAUAUUCUAUAUGAACCAAAGAGUUGCCAUUACUUUUUCAUUGAUUUUGGCUUGAGUCAGGUCGUGGGUAGUGAGUGGCUGAAAUUGUGCCAGGAAGAAAGAAGAUUAAAGAGAUUUUUAAAUACCGCAUUAUCGCACUAG